ACGCUCUCAAUUCCUCACCCGCUUAGUAAUUAAAAUUUCUCAUUUUUCUCUCUCUUUUAGCCAAAAUGAACUCAGACACGACGUCGUAUUGGUGCUACAGCUGCACCCGUUUCGUUCAAAUCAUCGACCAAAGCCACGUCGUUUGCCCGCACUGCCAAGGCGGCUUCGUCGAGAAGGUCAACACCGCCCACUCGCCCCUCGCCGCCGCCCCCAGGAGGCAGCCCUUCCGCCGCCGCCGCCGCAACGCCGCCACGCACUCGCCGUUCAACCCUGUCAUCGUCCUCCGGGGACCCGGCGACGACGAGGACAGCAGCUUCGAGCUCUACUACGACGGCGACGACGGCGCGGGGCUCCGACCGCUGCCCUCGACCAUGUCGGAGUUCCUCCUCGGAUCCGGCUUCGACCGCCUCCUGGAGCAGGUCUCUCAGAUCGAGAUCAACGGCCUCGGGAGGCCGGAGAAUCCGCCGGCGGCGAAGGCGGCGGUGGAGUCCAUGCCGACGGUGGAGAUCACGGCGGCGCAGGUCGAGGCCGAGAUGCACUGCGCCGUGUGCAAGGAGGCCUUCGAGGCACGCGCCUUGGCGCGUGAGAUGCCGUGCAAGCACGUUUACCACGCCGAUUGCAUUCUCCCGUGGCUCUCCAUGCGAAACUCGUGUCCGGUCUGCCGCCACGAGCUGCCGUCGGACCAGGCCUCGCCGGAGGGGAGAGGCGCCGGCCAGAUCGAGGAGGAGGCGGCGGUCGGGUUGACCAUAUGGAGGCUUCCCGGCGGCGGAUUCGCCGUCGGGAGAUUCGCCGGCGAGAGCCACGUGCCGGUGGUGUACACCGAGGGGGAGAGCGGUGGAAAUUCGAACGAAGAUUCUAGAAGAAUCUCUCUGGCGGUGGGAAGCGGAAGGGUUAGAGAGAGUCGUGGAAUUGGGAGAAUUUUCCGCAAUUUGUUUGGGAGAAUUGGGGCUUUUACUAGAAGCCGAACCCUUUCAACUUCCUUCUUCAGUAGAAGAAGAACAACUAGUAGAACUUGGGUCGUGCAGAAUUGAUUCCGCUGAAGCUUAAAUAAAGCUUUCAUUUUUGGUUGAAAAUUCAGAUUCCAGAUUCUUACUGUAAAUAGCAUAGAACAACUGGGUACUAUAGUUGCAACUACUUAGAAGUCUUAAUUUGUUUGAUGUUCAUAUGUUCUAUUCGCAUAUUCUUUGUAAGCAUUGUUUUUAGUUUCAUGUCUCAUGUUUUCCCAAUUUUCUGAUGAGUGUGGAAGCAAAAUCUUAUGAACAAGAGCAAAAUGCCAAAGUGAUUGUUAGCAAUCAUUGUUAGUGUCGUAGUCCUCUGAAUUAUUCCAAAUUCAGCAGAGCAGAAGGAAUGGCAUACCAAAUAUUUGUGUCAUUCGUAUUGUGGUAACAAAUGGAAUUAUGGUAAUGCUGGGUUGAUAAUGAUGAUGACACCUCGCAAACCCAUGCGUUUCAUGAAUGAAUUCCUUUUUGCUGCACUUUUUGUUUUCAACAACUUAAUGAUGGGCCUGGUUGUCAAAAGAUAAAGGUUAUUUCUUACUUUUCUUAACUUUAGUCUUUUGGCUAUGAAUGAAUGUGCUGUAUCCGCUAGCUGUGGGGUUAACUCCUGUUCUUAUCUUCUUGCAUGCCCUAUUGGUUUUCUCAA